AUGAACGGAACUCCGAAAGUGAACGGUGUCAAAGGCGGCAAAGGAGUCAAUGGCCACUCGACAGAUGGAGUGAUACAUCCUCCCCCAUACUCGCGCAAAUCCUCGUCCCCCAUGGCGCCUGCUUUUAUGACAUCUGCUCCCGGCAAAGUCAUCGUCUUUGGAGAGCAUGCGGUCGUCCAUGGGAAGGCCGCGAUGGCGGCCGCAAUCUCCCUCAGAUCCUACCUGCUGGUCACAGCUCUCUCCAAGUCGCAAAAAACAAUUCGGCUGGUGUUCCCUGAUGUUGGACUGGACCACACCUGGAACAUCGACGACUUGCCCUGGUCUAUCUUCCAGAAGACUGGGCGAAAGCCCCGAUACUAUGAUAUGGUCACAUCACUAGACCCAGAGCUGGUCGCCGCCAUGAACCCUCAUAUCGAAGCCGUCUCAGCUCAUUUGAAUGAAAACAAGCGAAAGAUCCACCAGAGUGCUGCUUCUGCUUUCCUCUACCUAUUCCUUUGCCUUCAGACUCCUGCUGCGCAGGCUUGUAUUUACACUCUACGAUCCACACUACCUAUCGGAGCAGGUCUCGGCUCCAGUGCCAGCAUCUGCGUGUGUAUCAGCGCGGCUCUGCUGAAACAGAUACAUGUCCUGUCCGGACCACAUCAUGACCAACCAGAGGAGGAGGUGGACAUACAAAUCGAAAGAAUCAACAAGUGGGCUUUUGUGGGCGAGCUAUGUAUCCACGGAAACCCCAGUGGAGUCGAUAACACUGUUGCAACGCACGGAAGGGCUGUACUUUUUAAGAGACUUGAUUAUACCAAACCGCCAAUGGCAACACCACUCAAAGACUUCCCGGAACUGCCUUUACUAUUGAUCAACACAAAACAGCCCCGAUCGACUGCUGCAGAAGUGGCCAAAGUGGCGGCGUUGAAGAAGAAAUACCCGGCCGUGACCGAGGCUACCCUGGACAGCAUCGACGAGGUCACAAUGUCAGCACACAGUCUCAUCACCUCAGAUGAAUUUGACCCCACAUCAGAAACGAACAUUGAACACUUAGGUGACUUAUUCCGCAUCAACCAUGGAUUACUGGUCUCGCUCGGCGUAUCUCAUCCAAAGUUGGAACACAUUCGGGAGUUGGUGGAUUAUGCUGAUAUCGGCUGGACGAAGCUCACCGGUGCGGGCGGCGGUGGGUGUGCCAUCACCCUCCUCAAGCGGGAUAUCGAUCCGAAAGCGGUGGUUAACUUGAAGAUGCAAUUUGAGGAUGCCGGGUUUGAGGAGUACACAACCACAUUGGGUGGCAGUGGCGUCGGCAUGCUUUACCCUGCUGUUUUGCACAACGGAACCGAGGAGGAAGGAGGUGAAGAGAUCGACCAACAGAAGUUCCUAAAUGCUGACGGCAAAGAAGGAAUUGAGGCUCUCGUUGGCGUGGGUCUCACCGAAAGGCGGCCGGAAUGGAAGUUCUGGAGGUGA